UGAAGCGCUAUCAUCGAAUCUACUGUCGACUUAAUUUUCGACGUCCAGUCUCUCGCUCUUCUUGUCGUGACCUCUUCCGGCGCAAACCCAGCCCCCCCGCGCAAACCGGCGCACACAACAGUCAGCAAUCGUGAUCAAACAUCACCACUCCCACCGUCGUACACUGGUUCAUCUCAACUCUCCUCCUAUUAUUAUACGCCGCGCGGAUUGUCAAACUGCUCUGCGCACCCAUGUUGCUCCCAUCUGCUUUACCCUGCGACAUGCGCCGGUCUGCGACUCGGUCGCGCCCAACUCCCAGUCGCCAGUUCACAACACCCCCACCGUCCGACGAUGACUUUCCAUCCGGCAACGGCCUCCUAGGCACCUGUCGCGCCCUCCAAUCACUUCUAAGCGGUUCACCCGCCCCGUCACCACGCUGCGCAAAGCCAGAGCGCCUUCAAAGUCCCCUUCACAUCAGAUCCACGCCUUCCACCCGGUCGCGGAAGCCAAAGGCCCCUAAGCCAUCACCCAAGCCUUCGCGGAGUGCCAACAGACGCAAGCGCGAUCGCGACGAAGAGAUCGGCGACACCAGCGACACAGAAAUCACUACUCGUGGCAUGCGAUUUUCAACCCCGAAGCGCGCUCGCCAUGUCCCAUAUGACCUUCCUAUAGGUCUUUCGCAAUCGGACUUUUACUCCCUGCACUCUCCACCAGUCUCACAAUCGCCUCUAUCACCUGCGCAUCAUCGUCAAAUGGACCUGACCCAUGAGAAGAGCGCGCAGUCGCUUGACCCCGAUGCACCCCUACCAUCCAUAGAAGAGACGGAAGAAACUCCGUCCGACGACCCUUGGAACGCAGACGACGACCAGCGACUUGUCGAGCUAGUUCUCGAGAAGUUCCAGCUUUCCAAGCGCGACUGGGAAGACUGCGCGCGACGCAUGGGCAAGGAUGAUGUCAGCGUCGGGCGUAGAUGGCAGGCCCUCAUUGGAGAGGGCAAUGUCGGACUGCGACGCGGUCGACGAGUAGUUCGUCCCCGCAUAAUGGAGAGCUGGCUGUAGAUGCCGCUCUCCACUCAUCUGUUCUCCCUCUCCUUCUCCUACUCGCUCUCGCUCUCCCUCCUCUCUAUCCUCCCCUCCGCACCUUUCACACUUCUAUGAACACUAUUGACGGACAUGUAUUCUACGGGCUCACGGUUCGCCUUUCUU